AGCUAGCUUUUUCAACCAGUUAAAACGAGCGUUUCAGUGACAUCACCAAUGUUAAUGUAUUCAUUACCACAGUGCGUUGCGAAUUUUGCGGCAAAUUGUGAACGCAGUUCCUGAGAUAUCGGCUCAGAGUGAAGAGAAAUUAAAAUGGCCCGUACUAAGCAGACAGCUCGUAAAUCAACUGGUGGUAAGGCACCUCGAAAACAGCUGGCCACCAAGGCUGCACGUAAAAGUGCACCAUCUACUGGUGGUGUUAAGAAGCCUCACCGUUACAGGCCAGGUACUGUGGCUCUGCGUGAAAUUAGAAGGUACCAGAAGUCAACUGAGCUACUUAUUCGCAAGCUCCCUUUCCAGCGUUUGGUUCGUGAAAUUGCACAGGACUUCAAGACAGACUUGAGAUUCCAAAGUGCAGCUAUUGGUGCUCUGCAGGAGGCCAGUGAAGCUUACCUUGUGGGUCUAUUUGAGGACACAAACUUGUGUGCCAUUCAUGCAAAACGUGUCACCAUCAUGCCCAAGGACAUCCAGCUGGCCCGCCGCAUUAGAGGAGAACGUGCAUAGUGAGCUGCUAUCAAGACCUGGAUUAUGUGCAUAAGAUCAUCACAUUUUUGCUUCAUGUUCAUAUCAUCAGCUGCUGUGUGACUUCAUAAUACUUUCCAUCAAGAAGAGGAUAGUUUUCAGCUGCUAGCUACUGAACACUUUUGAGUGUUGUACUGUCCUUAUAUGGCGGAACUCUCUGAGACUUUUCUACUUUGUGUCUUUUUAAUUAAUCCUUUUUUUUUUUUUCCUUUAAUCAAGGAGUGGGAUGUUUGAAUUCAGAUACAUGCUAUCUACCACCUAUACCCUCUCCUUUUGAGAUGACUGACUGGAGGGCUAAACUUGUUAUACGUUGUCAGUGUUAGAAUGUUCAUUGUCAACGUCAUUUCAUUGACUUGGGGUUCUUGUCCAGAGUUUCAUCAUAAUUCUUAACAAACCUGUUUUUUUAAUCAGGGAAUGGCUAGUUCCAUACCUAAAAGGCAGCAGUUGAUCAAGCGUGACACAAACCUGCAAACAGCAUCUAGUGGGACAGACAAGUGGGUUUAUGUGACCUUAGAUUGAUGUUGUAAUUUGUCAUUUAUCAGAGGAAAAAUAAAUUUCAAUAUAGAUAGAAA